AGGCACUUCCGUCUGGGCUGGCAGUUCGUGGACUGCGGGAAGCCACGCCCAGUUCUUCCGUUCGGUCUCUCGCCACCGCGUCCGUUAGCGCCACGAGGGUAGCAUGGCAGGAGGCGAGUUGCGGGCAGCGCUGGAGCAGCGCCUCGAAGCCCUGGCUAUCCGCACGGAGGUCGUGGAGCACCCGGAGGUGUUUACAGUUGAAGAAAUGAUGCCUCAUAUCCAACAUUUGAAAGGAGCACAUAGUAAGAACUUAUUUCUUAAAGACAAAAAGAAAAAAGACUAUUGGCUGGUGACAGUUCUUCAUGAUAGACAAAUUAAUUUAAAUGAUCUUGCCAAGCAGUUAGGUGUUGGAAGUGGAAAUCUGCGGUUUGCUGAUGAAACAGCCAUGCUAGAAAAACUGAAAGUUGGCCAAGGCUGUGCCACACCGUUGGCACUCUUCUGUGAUGAUGGAGAUGUGAAAUUUGUUCUGGAUUCUGCUUUUUUGGAAGGUGGACAUGAAAAGGUGUACUUUCAUCCAAUGACGAAUGCUGCAACCAUGGGAUUGAGCCCUGAAGACUUUCUCACAUUUGUGAAGGAGACAGGACACGAUCCCAUAAGACUAAAUUUUGAUAAAAACUAAUUGGGCUAAUACAUUUACUUCUGAAAGCUGUUUUUCUCACUUGUAAUUAUAAAAAGCAUUAAAAGUGGUAAGAUAUAUAUAGCACCUUGGUUUGGUGACUACCUAAACUACUUAAGGAGCUAUUUAACUAUUUCAUCUUAAAGGAGCUGUUUUUAAGAAGAUAUAUUGAGGUAGUUUUAGUCAGCUGAGAGAUUCCACCCUCCCCUUCCCCCAUGACAAUUACUUGUUACAGGAAUGCCUUCAACAAUUAAGGAUGAAUUAACACAGGGAGUUCCCUGGUGGCCUAGUGGUUGGGAUUCCAGGCUUUCACUGCCUUGGCACGGGGGAGCAAUCCCUGGUCAGGGGAACUGAGAUCCUGUAAGCUGUGUAGCAGCCUAUAUUAAUUAAUUAACAUCAAAACUAAGAUUAGUUAACUAUCUAAGAUUAACUAUAUUACAUCUUCUGUAAGGUGUUAUACUUGAAAAAAGCAAACUGCAAAAACAGCAUAUAUAAAAUUAUAUAUAUGACAGUGUACAUACAGGGGAAAAAGAGGAAUAUGGGAAUAUAUUCAACUGUUAAUAGUGGUUAUCUUUGAGGAAUGAGGAUUAAGGAAUAAGAAUUCCCCAGCAAUAUAAUUAAACAAGGGGGCAAGGGCAAAACCUUCCUAUUACCGGGUGUUUGUUUUUAAACCAAUGCUUUUUUUUUUUUCAGUGAAAAAUAAGCUAAUUUUUAAAUAAAAUUCUAUAUAAAAUUUUAAUCUAGAAAAACACUCAAAGUAGGGAUGGAAAAUGUUAUGUCAUAAUCAUUAUACUAAUGAAAUUAUAUUUUAAAACUCAGGAGCAGAAAAUACAUAGGCCAUUAAGAAGGAUUUGCUUAGUCUUCAGAGGUUACAAAAUGUGAACAUGCUUGAACAAGGUUCCUUUGUCCUCUAGGCUAUAUUAAAUUUUACUCAUCCCCUUUCAACUGUGGCAUCUAAAGCAGUAUAAGAACCCAGGAUUAUGUAUUGUCAGUUGUCAUAUAGAGGCUAGUUCAAAAACAGAGGAAAAUUGAUGUACUUUUCCAACCUCACUUAGAUUCAAACAAAACCCCAGUUGAGGGUCUGACUAGACUAGGCUACAAAAUAGCCUAGAGGUCUUAGGAAAAUUCUCGUUUCCUCUAGAGUACAAUCAAGUGGGAUAUUUGAGAAAUAAUCAUAUUUUCCUAAGGUUGAACACUCAAAAAAAUAUUUGCUUCUGGUAGGGAAAUUGUACUUAAUUUGUACCAAUUUGCAUUACUGAAAGGCAGAAGUAAAAACUUGUCAUCUUUGGAUAUAUGUGUAAACUACAAGUCUACUCAAGGCAGAAUUUUUAUAAAAUACAGAAUGGAUUUAAGAGAUGAGUUAGUAAGAAACAUUUUCCAUAAAUGAUAACCUUAUUUCUGAGGUGCUAUGUUAGUUUUUGCCUACUCUGUACUAUCUCUCUAAGAAAGAGGAAAUUUUAGGUUGCUUUGCAUAUAAAAUUAAGGUUUAACGAACAGAAUCAAAGACACCGAGGACCUCAGAUAACUGGUCUAACUGUCCUCCCCACCUUAUGGUGAAAACAGGCCCAGAAAGACUGACCUGCUCAAGGACACAAGGCAGGUUGCCAUCUCUAACAUUACGCCUCCCAAAGUCUAGAUGUAAAAAUGAAAGAGACUGAUUUGUACAAUCUAUUAUUGUAUUUAAACCUAUUUUGAGGUUGACAAGACUGAUAGACUCUCAGUUCUCUCCCAAAACCUCCAAUACUCAUCCCAAAGUGAUUAGGACAGAAUCAUCUAAACAAGGUUAUAUGUUAUGAAACACAUAAAAUAGGUUUUCUAGGGCAAAGGGAAAGGAAAGAAUAAUAUUGGGCUAAAUUAUAUGUUAUGAUUGCUGACCACUUGUUAUAAAAAUCACCUCUUUUUAUAUUAGUUUAAAAUUCACCUCUUGUUAUAUCAGUUUAACAAGUGAAUGUUAAACCAACUUAAUUUUUUUAGGAGAAAUAAAGUUAAAAACUAAAAUGAAAAAUAAUGAAUGUUUUUAAAAAAAGACAAGUGGGCCAAAUGAUGGUAUCUAUUUUGUUAUAAACUGGAUUUUUUGUUAUGAACUGUGGCUUAUAUUAGGUAUAGCCAAGUAAUAAACAUUUUGCCAUUCAACUCCAAAUUUCUCAGUAGCAUUACUUUUAAAGGAAAUGUUACAUCUUUUAUAUUAUUGGAUUUGAUAUUUAAUAACAGUUACAAGUACAAUGGCAAACACUGAAAGAGAGAACCCUUAGUAGAAAAGAAAAAGACAAUUUGAAAUCACGUUUUGUUAAAGGUGUUGUAAGUGCAACUUUAUCCAUAAGCAUUCCUUUUAAGGCAUUUUCUUUGUCCAAAUAUCUCAACAUGUACAUCAAGGUUUAUAUUAUAAAAUGGGCUCCUUUUGUAUUAUUCAUUCAAGGCUUAAAGAAAAAAAUACAUCUCAAGACUAAGUGUAGCAGAAAAGAAAACACAAAAUUUCACUUUUCUCAUAAAAAGUAACUUAAAAUACAAGUCAUUUAGCAUACAUUAUUACUCCUCAUUGUAAUUCCAGAUUUGGUACAAUAUCUUUUUCACUUCCUGACAUAAAAUUUUAAGACAGUGCAGGCUGUAAUACUUCAUUUGUGAGGUGGCUGCAAUUCCGUAAUAUGCACAGUGAUUUUUAAAUAGGCUUUUACCAUGCCUUGCAUGAAAGGUGCUACAUACAAACCUGUUUUGUGUACUCUUUGGUAACCACCAGUUCAAAAACUUGGACCGAACAUUUCCACAUUGCCAGAUCUGAAGCACUUUUACUGGAGCUCUGGGCCGAAGCUAUUACCCUGUAUAUAAAUUCUUUAGUUUCCGAGGGGGUUUGGGUAUUGAUUUAGAAUAGAGCCAGAUCAUUAAAAGCAUGUCAGGCCCCAGUCCGGAAAGUGGCCCCAGUUAGUUUCUAGUUGGCUACACUAUUUUGUUUGGCAGAAGUGGUUUAUCUAAGGGAAAAGCAUGACUUCAUACUAAGUUUGCUUCUGAUGGUAUCUUUUGGAGAUGGUAAAAUAUUCAUGGGUUAUCUAAUCCUUUCUUGAAAUGGUAUGAAAAAGGUGAUUAAUAUCAUUAGAAUAUUCCACUUUUGCAGUCUCAAGUAUUCUCUUGGUUGUCUUGCUGCAUUUUCUCAGGGUCAGCCCACUCAGGUUUAGUACUUUAUAGGCUACCCUUAAGCAUUUUCUAAUUGAAGCAGUAAUGUGCUGCCUCAGUCAGCAUGUUCUCUAUUUUAGGAUAUUAGUGUCCUGUAGAGACCAAGCUGUGAUAUCAUACACCCUCACUGGGCUACCUCCUACUCAUUAAAUUUCAACUUUCAGUAAAUGUCCUGGAAUGUGUCCUAGUUGUGCAAAUUAGAUGCUAGUUAAUAGAAAUCUAAGUUACCCACUCACUGUAUUUAGCUAAAACAUAAUUUCUAUAUUUACUUUCAAUUUAUCCACCUAAAGAUGAAUUUACAUUUUUUACAUGCAAGUGUCUCUAGACUGCCAUGAUACCCAUUAUCAGUCUGAUACUUGAAUCUAGGGAGUCAUGAUGGAGACAUGUUUCAAAGUCUAGAGAAUAGGUUUUAAAUAUGUCUGUUGUGCAAUAUUUGUAUUUUAGUAAGAAUCCUUUGUAUUUACAUUUACAUAGCACCUUUCAUCCAAGGGUUUAAAAGUGAUUUAACUUUACAGCAUUACUUGGUGGCAAAACCUAAGUUAAUGGUGGCAUUAUGAAGUCCAGGUUCUCUAACUUCCAUUUCAGUUUCUUUUCAACUAUACAUGCUGUUUUUCAUUAAUGGUCUUUCUGAAAGUAGACUAUGAACACAGCAGUGUUACUGGCCUACCAGAAAGAGAAAGAAAAAAAAGAAAGGUGUGAGGAAGGAGGGAGAGAGGGAGACAUGUAUCUCAUGGCUACUAGGUUAGUGAUGAAACACACAGUUCAUAAACCACACACUAUGGAAUUAUUCCAAAAAGAUUUUUAGAGCUGGUAGUGAGAGCCUAAGAAGUAUAUUGUUAAAAUUAAAAAGUUAGUAUCUUUCUCAUUUCAGACCUUUAAGAUUAUUCUGAUAUUUGUUAAAUAAUGAAUUUGCAUUAGUAAGUAUCAAUGCAGUUUUUUGACUUCAUAAGAAAAUAAAACUGUGAUAUAAAAUUGGAACUACAAAAAAAUUGAUGUUUCCCUGGGUUGACUAAAUUUACCUUUUUUUUGUGCUUCUUUCAAAUGUUUAAGGUAACAAAUGCAUACAAAUAUUUCAAAAGUACCGAUAACAGUUACCAACUUUAAUGUAUUAUAAAGGACAAAAACAGAAAGAUUUUUAUUAAUAAGUGAUAACCUUAAUAAUAAAUGAGUUCCUGGCAAAAUGCAGAUCAUAGUAAAUUAUUUACAUUAUUUUUGCCAUAAGAAAACUUCUUAAGCAACAGUCAGCUCUCAAGUUAAAAAAACAAACACAUACAUAACCCAGUACUAAAGGAGGGAAAUGAGUUCAAACACAACAGCUUUAUCUUGGGAAUGCCAUUUUCUAGAAAACCAUCUUACUAAAAAAAAAGUUUCAGAAAAACACAC